AUGGCUGCCAACACUAUUAGCUUGAAGCUUCUACUAGAGUCAACAAGCCAAAGGGUUCUGUUUGCUGAAGCUGGGAAAGAUUUUGUUGAUUUUCUUUUCAACAUUCUGUCGUUGCCCGUUGGGACCAUCGUAUCGCUUCUCACGAAACAAGAAAUGGUGGGUUGCCUCGGAAAUCUUUGCCACAGCCUUGAGACGAUGAACGAUACCUACAUUCAGCCAACAGUAAGCAAAGACACCCUUUUGAAGCCUGUAGUCCCCAACAAUGCUGUAAUUGUGCCUCUCUUGCUUCCAACGGCCGAUUCAUCGAAAUCCACCGAAAUUUAUAGGUGUGGUAAUAUGUACCACCGAAGCAGCUGCAGUCUCUAUGUUGCAAACCAUUCUGGAUCCAUUUGCCCUUCCUGCGGUAAUAAUAUGAGCCAAAUUGCAACCAUUGUUAAUCAACAGAAGAAGGAUGCAUCCACUGAUGAGGGAGGGUAUGUCAAAGGGGUUAUUACUUACAUGAUAAUGGAUGAUCUUGUUGUACGGCCCAUGUCAGCCAUUUCUUGUAUUACUCUACUCAAUAAGUUCGAUAUCAAGGAUGUUGGAGUUCUUGAAGAGAAAACCAUUGAUGUUGGAAUGGAUGAGGGUGUGAAGUUGCUGAAGGCAUCAUUGCAGUCCAAAACUGUGCUCACCGAUGUGUUCCUUGAGAAGCAGCCGGGCAAAAGCGAUGUUAACGAUUCUGCCGAACCAUUUCCAAUCAUGAUAUAG